AUGGCGGACCAGCCGUACGUCGUGGAGGUGCCGCACUUCCCCAGCGACCUGGACGCCAAGCUGGGCAGCCUGGACUGCGUGGUGCCUCCGCUGCCGCCGCAGUCCAUCCUCUGGAGGGCCAACCAGACCCACGAGCUGGAGCUGCCGCUAACGCAUUUACAAAAUGGCAUUCAAAGAGUUGAAAACUGUGCUACUUUUCUACGAUUAACUGAAUUUGGCAGCACUGCUAAAAUUUAUCCCUCAAUAAUUUUUACAAUUAUGCAACAGUUUGGAAAUCUACGAAGCAUUGCCCCCCAGGCGCCGCACCAGCCGCAGGAGGCCGUGUACGGCGUGACCCGCGAGGAGAUGGCCGGCUGCGACGUGGCGCAGGGCCUGCUGCUGGACAUCACGCCGCUCCCGGUGGACGGCAAGAUGCUACUCGCCCUCUACGACAAGGACCUCUCGGACGGCGACAACUUCCUCGUCAUUCUCUCCGAGCGUUGGGCGCCCGGUCGGUGCGUGAGGCUGCAUGUGCUCAUGAAGUCCGACAACUGCGGCGAGAACCAGGACUGCUCAGGCAAGGGCGUCUGCUACUCCAAGGACAGCAUGGAGGGCUUCGAGUGCCAGUGCUGUCCGGGCUACCUGGGACCGCACUGCGAGGAGCGGGACGCCUGCCUGCCGUCGCCCUGCCUCAACCAGGGCAUCUGCUUGGACGUGAGCCAGGGCCACGAGGACACGCAGUUCUCCUGCCUCUGCCCCUACGGCUUCACGGGCGACCGGUGCGAGGUGGUGACGGACCCGUGCGACUCGGAGCCGUGCCGCAACGGCGGCUCCUGCCGGCGCAGCGCGCGCAACGGCACGCAGUGGUGGUGCCAGUGCGCGCCGGGCUUCCACGGCGUGCAGUGCGAGCGGCCCGUCCUGGCCCUGGCCGCCCCCGAGGACCCCGUCGUCGUCGCGCCCGCCACCCAGGUCGCCGCCGUCGUCGUCGCCCCCGCCGCCUCGCCUUGCGUGCCCUCGCCCUGCAAGUACGGCCUGUGCAUCAGCAAGGGCGGCCAAGCCUCCUGCUACUGCCAGCCAGGAUUCACGGGCAAACGAUGCGACUUGCAGUUCCGCAUGUGCGGCUCCAUGCCGUGCCUCAACGGCGGCGACUGCGUGGACGUGGUGGACGGCUUCACGUGCAAGUGCGGCCCGGGCUACUCGGGCGAGCGCUGCGAGAACAAGGUCCCGCUGUGCCACGACAAGUCGUGCCGGGCCGGCCAGGAGUGCGUCGACCUGGGCAACACCAUCACCUGCCGCUGCCCCGUCGGCACCUCCCCGCCAGACUGCAAGCCCACGCCGGCGCCGCCAAAGCCCUGCUCUAGCAGCCCGUGCAGACACGGCGGGACGUGCUACAACUCUGACAGGGGCUUCUACUGCGCCUGCCGCCCCGGCUACACCGGGACCACCUGCAACGAGGAGGCGAUCCUGGAGGAGAUCCCUGCAGGCUCGGCGCGCGCCGAGCUCGCCGCCAUGACGGAGGAGCGCGCCGACGUGCGCUUCCACCUGAGGCCGCUCAACGUGGCGGCCGCCACCCUCUGCUGCGCGCUGCUCAUCGCCGUGGUCACGGUCGCCACCUGCCACUGCCGGGUGCACGAGACCUACAAGCGCUGCCUGGCCGUGCCGUGCGGGCGCGACGGAGAGGAUGCCAUGCAGGCCGCCCUUACCAGCAAGAGUACGCGUGGCCAGCCGCUGCUCGAUUCGCUGAGAGAGCCCAGCUUCCCCGGAUCGCCCUCCCCCAGGUCGUCGCCCACCUCCAAGACGGCGCCCCUGCUCGACGCGUCCGACAUCUACUACGCCCUGGACUUCAGCGACUCGCAGAGCAGCCCGCUCAUCCAGUAACCGACCGUACCCACACCCUGGUUCACAGUUCCUGACCCAUGGCCAACCACUCUCCUCCGAUGGAACACGUUGCAAUGGUUCUGCUCGGAGAGCGAGAGAGGGGGUUGUGCAGUUUAAGUGGUUUUAUUCAAACCAGCCGUCCGCAUUUCACCCGAAAGUUCCCACUGGAUGGAAGGAGUUCAGCGUUAAGAAGAAAAGAUCGGUUUUUAUCUGGUUUGCUGGACUAAACAAACACAGGCCUCAAAAACAAUUGUUUGCAAUGUUGUAAUGGGAGGCAUUUAAAAAGUUGUUGCAUAUUCCUAGCAGAUUUUUCCUCUUUUCUUCUGAAGGCUGAACUCCACCAUUAAAUUUUCUUAGCCACUAAUUUCUGUUCCUGAAUCAGAUUUUGAAUUUCAACUAAAAAUCCUUCCUGAAGCUAAAUGCGUGCCAAAAAUUAAAUAUAUUUUAUGUAGUUCCGCAAUCAUGUUUUCUGUCCUCAUAAAUAAAACAUUAUUUAAUAAUGUACAAAGUGAUCACAACACAGCUGGAUGACCAUCUCAACGCCUGCACAAAACUACCAAUUUUUGGUUGCGAUGAAUUUUUCUUGUGUGCGUGAAAGACUGUUGAGUAUGGUUUCCCUGUAGAAUUUUAUUAUUGUCAAUUUCUUAGCUAUAUCGUGAGCAACACAAUAUGCUUCAACAUCAACUAAGGUUUUGUACGUUACAGAAAACAUUUAGCUAACCUUCAAUAGCCUAAAAAUUUAUACCGUGCUUUCAUGAGUUUACAAAAUUAGCAGUCUCACUCAAACAAUUUUCGAUACAUGAAAUUUUCAUUGUAAAAAUUGAUGCUCAAAUUAAAAUAAGAAAAUAAAGCAACGGUGUCUCCAGAUUACUUAAAGGCCAAGCGAAUGGCCAAUUUGUUUUAUUGUUACUUUGUUUCUAAGCUCUUUUGUAAAAAUAUAAGUAUAAUAAAUGUGUAAAACAAAAACGAAAA